AUGGAUUUCGAAGCAAAUAAUAAAUCAGUUUUAACAAAUGGCAAAUCACACUCGAACCAUGUAAAUUCUGAUAUGUCUAUAAUACACCUAGAUUCUCCUUCACUUGUGCGUACAGAGUCUCUAAUCGACACCGUUGACAUGGACGGCUUGAGUUGGCCAAGCAUCGGUACGAAACAACGCCUAAACGAAACUUUCGAACAGAAACAAGAAAGAAUACGAAAGUUAUCUUCGGCAGUUCAAACUAUAUUUGAAUGCAUAGGUGAAGAUCCGACCCGUGAGGGUCUUUUACGGACUCCAGAAAGAUAUGCGAAGGCCAUGAUGUUUUUCUCUAAAGGAUACGAAGAGAGCAUACAAGACAUAAUCAAUGGCGCUAUCUUUGAAGAAGAUUACGAUGAAAUGGUAAUAGUAAAGAAUAUUGAUGUAUUUUCUUUAUGUGAGCAUCAUAUGGUCCCAUUCACCGGAAAGAUCAGUAUAGGCUAUAUUCCUAAUCGGCGUGUACUUGGACUAUCAAAGCUUGCACGAAUCGCCGAAAUGUUUUCGCGACGACUUCAAGUACAAGAACGACUAACAAAACAAAUUGCUGUAGCACUCCAAGAGAUCUUGAAGCCACGAGGGGUUGCUGUAGUAAUGGAAGCGAGUCAUCUCUGUAUGGUGAUGCGUGGUGUAGAGAAGCCUGGGAGUUCUACAAUAACCAGCACCAUGUUAGGCGUAUUUCGAGAGAAAGCAAAAACGCGUGAAGAAUUUUUAACGUUAAUCAGAAAUUGA